ACAGAUAAAGAUACGGAACCAGAUGGUAGUGCCGCACUGCCACGACUCACUUCGAGAGAGAAACAGAUAAGGAUUUGUAAGAUCAGAUGGCAUCACUGUGCGUUAAUAAUAGCUUUAUAUUAAACACCCAAACUCUACACAAACGCUCCUUUCUGCCUGCAACAACCAACAAAAGAAGAAGAUCAGUGACCAUAGCAGCAGAGUCAUCUUCUUCAAUGGCUACUGAAAAAUUGGGUAUCAAGAUUGAAAAGAAUCCUCCCGAGUCCACGCUCACCCAGCUCGGCGUCAGGAAUUGGCCUAAGUGGAGUUGCCCUCCAAGCAAGUUUCCAUGGACGUACAGUGACAAAGAGACUUGCUAUCUGUUGGAAGGAAAGGUGAAGGUUACUCCUGCUGGAUCAAAAGAGUCGGUUGAGAUUGGUGGUGGUGACUUGGUGGAAUUUCCUAAAGGAAUGAGCUGCACGUGGGAUGUGUCAGUGGGGGUAGACAAGCACUAUAACUUCGGCUAGAUCGAGUGAGGUUAGAUGGACCUAUAAAAACCCACCAUGACAUUAGCUGUGUAUUUCACUCCAACAUAGCUAUAGAUAAUACUUAGUAAUGUUUGUAACGUUUGUUAUCUAUCGAAAAAUGUUUGUAAUGUUUGUUGAUGAAUCUGUUUUUUCUUUUGUUCAACUCUGGAACUCAACCGGAAGGCUCGAUCGAUUCCAAGUUUGAGUAUAUAAUAUUUUUAUUUAUAUAAGAAACUUGCCUAGACCCCAAGCUACAGA